AAAAAGAAAGGCAUAACAAUAGCAGUCUCUCCCUCUCCAUUGAUUAUUUUUUAAGACAUAGGCUGGACAAUUUAACGGGGGACUGACACCUCUUUAUAAAGAAUGAAGUACUUAUGACAUAUGGGAUGGCGAAGAUUUUGGGGGGUUUCCUAGAUUACGAAGAGGACCGUACAAUAAAAUGGAGUGGUAGGGGGACCGAGGCGCGCUGUCUCCAUCAUAGAGAGGCGCGUCCACCUGCUGAUACAGGGAGUCCGGGCUCGGAAAAAAACAUGGUGAGGUGGCUGCAUUGAAUAGGAGAUACAGUUUCCAUCUGAUCUUACUAAUAAACAACUGUGUUCGGAGCACUGAAGACGGAAAUCGCUGCUCGUUUGAAAUCUUGAGGUUGGGAAACAGGAAUAAUGUAAAGAACAACUUCGAGCCACGCUUUACUUGAUGGACGUUCUUCAAGAAACCAAUUUUGCUGUGCUGGCCCCUAACUUGGAACAGGUCAGCCAAGGAGAUGACAAAGAAUCACAUGAGGAAGGAGGUCAGCUGAAGGCAUACAGCGCUUCUCCACCUCAAGAAAUCAAUCCAACAGGAAGCCAAGAGUGCGGGAGAACUUCUCUGAACCAAUCCCCAGCCCUUCUCAUCGCCCCCCCCGAGCCCAACGAUGACUCCUCCCCCCACACCGUCUCCCUCGCCUCCCACACCGCCGAGGCGGUGAGUCCAUGGUCACCGUCAGAGGACUGUGGUGAGAAGAACUUUGCCAGGAUGGAGUCGGGCAGCGUGUCUGCUCUGACCGAAGACUGCCUCCUCCGGCAGAGCCGUGCCUGCCUCGGCUGCUUCAUAGAGACGAAGGACACCGAGGUAGACCAGACAGAGCCUGGUCUGGGCCUCAGCCAGGACUACGACGCCUGCCCUGUCGCUGACAUCGCCAUGCAGUGCAUGAGCUCCGGGGACGGACUCCGAUAUGGGGACCAGCUGCUCUCCGACCAGCUGCUAAGCUACCCGGCACACAAAUCGGAGGUGUCCGAGAAGAUGGACGAGGAGAAGUCUGCUGUGGACAGUGACUCGGAGGACCCCACCGCAAAGAGCAUCUACGAGGGCCUUCUUCUUGACAAAUGCAACGGAGACGAGGCUCUGCUGGCUAGCUCCAACCAGGACUGGGGUUGCUUCGAGUCCUUCAUCAGCGAGAGCAAAAUCGAGCUGCUCGACCUCUGCUCCAAGAACGACCUUUCCGUCAACCUGUUCUCGGAGGAAGACGUCGACAACUACAUGUUCGACGACGAGGACGAGGACUCCACCCUGGGCAGCGACGUGUGCUCUUUGAAGAUCCGCUACGAGUCAUUCCAGGACAACGUCCGGGAGAAGACCAACGCCAUCCAGGAGGAGACCCAGUUCAGUUUCUUCCCCAGCGUGGUGGCGAAAAAAGAGGGGGAGUUUGUCAGGAGGGGAGCUGAGGGGUCCCACAUUAAGGGGGAGGUCAAGGUCUGGCCAGCGGGUGAGAAGGAGGACAAGACUAUGUGCAGUUCUUCUGAGGAAACACCGAACGUCAGUCCCGAAAGUAGCUACCUGUUUGACCUGAAUAACUCCACGGAGGACUCUGGCGAGUACAGUGAUGACAGUUCCUGCACGGGCUCCUCCCUCGACACCUGUCCGAGCAAAAAAAAGCACCGCUUCCUCUCCAGAGAGAACUCCAGCUCCUCCAGUCACCUGAGCUACGGGCUGCGGUCCAAGAGGAAAGUCCGGUACAGCGAGGACUACUUGUACGACGUGGACUCCAUCGAAAACGAGAAGACCGAGAAAAUCCCGGAAAAGCGGGACAAGCCGCCGACGGGCCUGAAAAAGGAAAAGGACGACGACUGGUGUCCGAAGAAACAGAGAAAAUCCUCCCGAAAAGAGCCCCCCGUCAUAAUCAAAUACAUCAUCAUCAACAGAUUCAAAGGGGAGAAGAACAUGUUGGUGAAGCUCGGGAAAAUAGACACGUCGGAGACAACAGUGAGCUUAAGUAAGGAUUUAGUUCAUAAGUACCAGAAACUGGCCCCUCUGAAAGCCUACUGGGAGAAAAAGCAGCAGGAGAUACGGCAGCGCAGGCUGGCUGCUGGCGAUAAACACAAACGCCUGAACGGCUGCAGGCGUUCACUCAAUUCUUGCCCGUCGAAACGAAAAUACAGGAUCGCAAACAGGGUUCGGAUUCAAAGGAUCCAUGCUGUAGAGCCCUUGCCAAGUCUCAGCCAUCACAAGCGAGAAGGGUGUGCAAAGGAUGAGCCUGUCAGUACAGAUAGUGUGACGAUAACCACGACAACCGCUGACUGCGCGGCUAGAUUAGACCGAGGCGGCUUCACAGAAAAAAGCCGAUCACGAGAGAGGGAGAGGAUAAGAGGGGGGAACAAGAACGGCAAAAUAAGGAAAUUCAAAAGUGAGGCUCGACUACUGUGUAUGAAAAUGAAAGGCGUUCAACGUGAGACCGAUGAAAUAGCGAUAAACCAACAAGAGGCUGGGCCAGCUUUCACACACCAAAGCCUCGAUGUAGAUCACAGCGCCGGCAGCCCCCAGCUUUGUGAUGGCUGCCCUUUGAACCCCCCCGAAAAAUCUUCACCUGCAUCUUGUUGCCCCUCUGGCACACUGAGACAGCCUGUAAAUACCUCUCUACCGGUUAUCCCUGGAGGCUACCUCCAGACCUUACUAGAUGCAUCGGAUUCAUCAAGCAACAAUGGGGUCUCCUAUUACCCACAGCACCAUUCCAGACAGUUUUCUCACGAAAUGUCCCAGGGGGAGAAUCAAUUCAGCAACCUGCAGCCUUCCCAAAGCUGCGUCCUCUCCCCUCCCUCUGAUUCGGAGCUCCAACAGUCGCCCUCAGAUCAGAUGGAGCCAAACUUCUCCCACACGUGGCAGCCUAGAGCUGAAGAGCUGUCAUUUACACCUGGCUCGGCUAUGAUAGGCACCGGAUACUCUAGCUCCAUGCCUUUAACGGUGACAAACGACAUGCCGGGGUCAGGGUACAGUCAAGUAAACAUGGACGACGACAGACUUCUGUAUGACAAGUCGUAUCUGUCCGAGAAGCCACCAGAGGAGGAGUCGGAUAUCCUCCCAGGUCAGGUCUCGUCCGAAGACGGUCACGACCAGCUCUGUAGAGUCACCAUCAACACAGACAAUGGGAGGCUGGUCAGCUAUGACUCUGUAGGCUCACUCUCAGCCUCCUCCAGUAAUUACAGCUCCCUCAGUCUGAAACCCUGUGAGAAAGAUGGCGAAGACGGGAGCGAGAACUUCUUGGCGCACUGCAGCCCAAAACUGGUUAUCCAGCAGAGCACUGAGGAAAUAACUCCCCUCAGGGAGUCCACCGACCUGCUGGACAUCUCCAACUUCACUCCGGAUAAAUUUCGUCAUUCUUCCGUAUCGGAGAUGUCCCCACCGGACACGCCCAGCCUGUCCCCACAGGUGAUGGGUCCGGAGUGUCAGGGGAAAGUCCGGGACGGGACUCUCUCCUCUACACCCGGGGGAAAGUGGGAGCGCCACGUCUCGCAGCCGCAAAAUCACGAAGACCGAGCGAUAAACAAUCAACAGUUCCAGUUCCACGCUUUCGCUUGCGAGGACGACACAGGGUCGAUCGAUAAGGCCGGCGGCGGCGCGGACGGUUACGACGGAGCCCGAUCUAUUGAUAGAGGCGCGAAAGGUCCAAAAUCGAAGAGGAAAACAAACAACAAACAGACCCUUGGUCAGGGCUCCGCAGACGAACAGAAGAAAGCCAAGUCUUCGAGGGCUGCCAAGACGCCGAAGAACAAAACACCUCGACAGAAUGCUCGCGCGUCCAAAAAGAUAAAGUCCAUGCUUGAUGCCAAGGCAGCUCAAGGACCAAAUCAGUCAAUGCUGGAUUUAGAUGGUGGAGUCCUUGCUGGAAUGACAGAUGACUGGCCUUUGCUGGGGGAGCAUGGUGGGAGCUGGGCAGAUGGCAGCACCCCCAAUCCUGGGAACGACGACCAGCGAGAGUUUGAGGAGCCUUCAAAUAUUCUGUCCAACAUCGUCUCUGGAAUGGCGGAGGUCCAGAGGUUCAUGAAGGUGUCCAUCGAGCCGCUGUGGGACCCCAUGUCUGGCCUCUGUCAGCCUCAGGAGGCCAACAGCCUUAAAACUAAGACCCUAAAGAUUUUGGCGGGAACCGCACCAGACGUCAGGAAAAAAGCUGGUUAUGCUGCAUCUACCGGGACGGGGCGGGGGCGGAAGGCCACGGGGAGGGGGGCAAAAAACCAAGCCAAGUUCCUCCCCUCUAACCCUUUCUUUUCCCCUCUCACUCUGGACAGCAACAUGUUCAACAAGACCACCCUGGGUCUACCUGGCAUAUGUGGACCCGCGCACAAGAAAAUGUACCGACACAAAACCAGCGCAAAAUUUGCUCGGGAUGAGAACAACACUGUUAAGAAGGACUCAACCAAGAACGUAGCGUUGGCCUCUUUUGAGAAACGGAGCGGUGCUGCUUUCUUCAUCCUAUCAGUCUCUGUAGUCUGUCUGUGGCUGCACAAGUCUUUAUACAGCACUCACAGUACUCAUCCUUAACAUAUAGAAAAUGGUUGCCUUCUGUUUUACAAUAGAGAGGGGAAGUCUGAUAGAAACAAUCGCAUAUCCAUUCCAUUUAUCAGUGUUCCACUGGUGUUGGAGAACCUUCUCUCCCUGUUCUGCUGAGAACAAGUCGUUUCAUAUGAAAAGGGACAUUUUUGUAUGUAUUAUCUCUGCAACUGUCUGAAUUUUCUUAUUGUGGAAAUGGCAUAUUUUUGCCAUUUUAAUGUAAGGGUAGCGGAGGGAGUACCCCUGUAAUUAUUUUAUAAAGCUUGGAUGGCAUUGAAUAAUUUUGAUGUAUUCCAGUACAUUGCUCUCUGAAUUGUAAUUUGUCAAUGCUAUUGUACAGAGACAUAUGCAGAAUAUGAUAAUAAUGAUAAUUGAAAUGUAUGUGCCAAACAAUGAAGCUGUACAGACAUUUUAUCUAUAUGGAUAUUUGCUGUUUCAAUUUCUUUUUUUGCUAUGGUUUGGGAUGGAGGUUUUGGACAGCCCGCAUUCCAGAGGGAUUCAUUCAUUACGCCAAGCCCCUGCAGCUCACAGUGAUACAUCAUCUACAAUAAAGUGUCUUUUUUAUACAGUCCUUAAAAAUGAUUAUUAAAGUCACCUAACUCUAAAACCUGCUGACGCACUGGCAAGACAGAGCCUCAAUUAAGUGAUUACUUUGUUCAAAUGUGUUGUGUUGGUAACAUUACUGUAUUGAGAAGUCUUGUUAACUUUAUUGAAAUAUUGUUGUUGUUUUUUUGCUAUGAAUAGAUAUUGGUCUUAUUUAAAUUUGCACUACUCAAGUUAAGGACCUACUCUCCAAAUUGAAUCCAGUUUUAUUUAUAUAAAGAUCAACAACAAAAAAAGGUGUAAUGAUAAUAUACAGUGAGAUCAGGAAUGGAGAAGGCAGUUAUUGACAUGCUGACAUCAUUGGGGGGAGAGUUGACAGCCUUAGGUGUUCUCUGCCCAUUAAAAUGUACUGUACUACUACUGAAUGAAAUGAGGGUUCGAUGUAGCACUGUUGAGCUGCCACAGGGCUGGUAAAGCUACUUCAAUUCCAUGCAAUACUGAAAAGGACAAAAGGAUGUGCUGUGUGCCCUAUUUAUGAAUGUAUUAGAUACUUUUAUCAUGUUGUAUGUAGUUCUGCCAUUAUUGAUUAUUAUUACGUUUUGCCUUUUUUGUUAAAAAAGAAUAAUGAGCUUUAUGAAUAAAGUAAGUUGUCGCCAGAGGAAUUCCAAAAGAACUCAAACAUUCUCAAAAAUCUUGUAUAUUUUUCAGUGUUGCAAUUUGUACAAUAUUUUCUAAGUGUAUAUUUUUCUUAGAAAGUGCUGUGAAGUAUUUGUGUGUAUUCCCUUUUUAGCCUAUGUAGGCAGUGAAAGGGAUGUAUUAUGACUUGACUGGUUUUAAAAACCAAAAUAUCAAACUUAAUAGGAACCAGAUAAAGAAGACUGGAUGACAAGAUAAGAUAUACUGGAUUAAACUGUAACAUUUUGUUUGGGAGUUUUGUAGUCAGACCGAUCUUGUUGUGAGAGUUUAGUGUAGUGUAAAAAAAAACAAAACAAAGUAUGACAAAAUAUAAAGAAAAAUAAUAUUUGUGAUCCAUUGCUGUUUUAUAGAUUUUCAUGUAAAUUAACUAUAUUAUUUUGUUUUGUUGUAACCGUUGCAAGGGUUUAAAUAUUUGUGAAAAAGCCUGUAUGGUGAUUAUGUACUAUU